AUGGGAACAGAGGAGAGUAAAGCUCUCAGAGAUGAUCAGACAAGUGCAGGGUUGUGUGUAGUCAGUCCUCAAAUUACAGAAGUAGACGCUCAAGGCCUACGUCAAGGGGAAGAUGAGCAGCAUCCACUUAGUCAAACAGGCACGUCUUCUUACAGCUUUCACCCUAGAGAUGAAGCAGGGAGUGCGUCAGUACAGUCUUCUGAUGACACAACAACUGAUACAUCCUCAAGUCAUGGUUUCAAUCAGCCUGGGAAAUCACUCGAAUGCACUCUAACCGGUACUAGUCCCUAGGUAGAUAACGCAGCAGUGACAGAACAAAAUGGUGACAGCCACAUCCCAGUAACUGACCACAGCUCAAGUGUGAGUGACAGCGCUAAAGAACCUGAUAACACCUGUGAAAGUCUGGCUCUGAAUUCAGCCAUUUACAGCAUAGCUUCAGUAUAA